UACCCAAUGAAGCAUUGCCAAGUGGCAGUAGUAGGAGCAAGGUGCUGCUCACUUCUCUUGGUGCAUAACCACACACCCACCUGAAAACAGAGGCCAUCCUUGCAGAGCAAACACCCACAACAAUGGAGGCAACUAUGGUGGCAUAUCAACGUGGCACUGCCACACCCAUGUCUAGGCCUACUCUGGCUCCUCCUACUGCUACUGCUAGGACCAUCCCCUCCACUUCUGUUCAGGUGAGUGCAAAGGCUAGCUCUAUCUUUGGGCAGUCAUUGAGGGCUUGGCCCAAAUCCAGUACAAGAAGAAGAGCCUCUGGUAGAGUUAGAAAAGCAGCUCCUCUUGGUAGUGGUAGCAGUACUGCUGUUAUAAAAUGCGAGCUUGGGGACUCUCUGGAAGAGUUUCUGAACAAGUCAACCCCUGAUAAGAAUCUAAUAAGGCUGAUGAUGUGCAUGGGAGAAGCAAUGAGAACCAUAGCCUUCAAAGUCAGGACUGCAUCUUGUGGUGCUACAGCUUGCAUAAACACUUUUGGUGAUGAGCAGCUUGCUGUUGAUCUUAUUGCCAAUAAGCUCCUUUUCGAGUCCUUAAGAUACUCCCAUUUUUGCAAAUAUGCUUGCUCUGAGGAGAACCCAGUGCCUGAGGACAUGGGUGGACCUGUGGAAGGUGGGUUUAGUGUGGCAUUUGAUCCGCUUGAUGGCUCAAGCAUUGUCGAUACCAACUUCACUGUUGGCACCAUAUUUGGAGUAUGGCCUGGUGACAAAUUGACAGGAGUGACUGGUAGAGAUCAGGUUGCUGCUGCCAUGGGUAUUUAUGGCCCUCGAACAACAUAUGUGCUAGCUCUCAAAGAUGCUCCCGGCACCCAUGAAUUCUUAUUAAUGGACGACGGUAAGUGGCAACAUGUUAAGGAUACUACAGAAAUCGGAGAAGGAAAACUUUUCUCUCCUGGAAAUCUUAGGGCAACUUUUGACAACCCUGAAUAUGAAAAGCUCAUCAACUACUAUGUAAGCGAGAAAUACACACUUCGAUACACAGGAGGCAUGGUACCAGAUGUCAACCAGAUCAUUGUGAAGGAGAAGGGAAUUUUCACAAAUGUGACAUCUCCAAGUGCUAAAGCAAAGCUAAGAUUGCUGUUUGAGGUGGCUCCUCUAGGACUGUUGGUGGAGAAAGCUGGUGGGCACAGCAGUGAUGGGAAACAGUCAGUAUUAGACAAGGUGAUUAUCAAUGUAGAUGAUAGAACGCAGGUUGCAUAUGGAUCCAAGAAUGAAAUUAUUAGGUUUGAAGAGACUCUUUAUGGAAGCUCCAGGCUCAGCCUCAAGGGUGCCCCUGUAGGAGCCAAGGCCUAAUAAAAUUCUAUUCUUUUCAUAAGCAAAGAAAAUCAAGUUUUGUUUUCUUAGCAACUUGGUGCUCCUUUCCCCCUCACACCUAUGUCGUGAGGGGGAACAGGAAAUGUUUUAAUAAGUCUUCAACACUUCUAUUUUGGUUUUCAAAUAUAUUCGUCCUGGAAAGUUGGAAAGUCGGCCUGCAUGCAGUUUGUAAGUGACACUUUUAGUUUACAUGCAAGCUAUUGCAAUUUGUAAAUUACAGUUCUAGUCAUUCACAGUCAACAAUUGAAUAUAAUGAUUUAUUUCAAGGUUA